GCAAGGGAAGAGAGGACGUGCUCAGAGGGGAGUCCGCUCUCUAGCCAUGGACACUCAGCUGCGGCGCACCCUGCGCCUUUUUGGAAUUAACACUUUUAUUAACGCCUUUCUUUAGUUUUGAAUUCAUUAAAGGAGGAUGCGGACGAUCAGCGAGUGGAAAGACAAGAAAAAUGACAUUGGAUGUUUUUUGUUUUUUUUGUUUUACAUUUGACUUUUUAGCAGAGAUCAAGUAGACGCCAGCAUGGAUUUCUUAAAUAUCUCAGCUUUCGAGGAGGCAACGGAGGCUCACAACAUCUCCACUAACAGCACCUCUCAGAGCAAAUACAGCCCUCUCGCCAUCUGGGGUCUGGUCGGACUUGUCAGUUUUCUCAUUUUGUUUACAAUAGUCGGCAAUGUGUUGGUGGUGAUUGCUGUUUUAACCAGCAGAGCCCUGAAACCGCCCCAGAAUCUUUUUCUGGUGUCUUUGGCCAGUGCAGACAUACUGGUGGCCACCCUGGUCAUACCCUUCUCUCUGGCUAACCAACUCAUGGGCUAUUGGCUUUUUGGCAAAAUCUGGUGUGACAUCUACCUGGCACUGGAUGUUUUGUUCUGCACCUCCUCGAUUGUGCACCUCUGUGCUAUUAGUCUGGACCGCUACUGGUCAGUGACACAGGCGGUCGAGUACAACUUGAAGAGAACGCCAAAGAGAGUAAAAGGGAUGAUCGUGGUGGUCUGGUUGAUCUCAGCUGUUAUCUCUUUCCCUCCACUGAUAUCACUGGACAGGAGCAACAACGAGGCCAGCCCCCAGUGUAUUCUCAAUGAUGAGACCUGGUACAUCCUUUACUCAAGUAUCGGCUCUUUCUUCGCCCCUUGUGUCAUCAUGAUUCUGGUCUAUAUCCGGAUCUACCAAGUGGCAAAGACCAGAACGAGAACCAUGUCAGAGAAGAAACGGGACGUGGAUAUGACGCAGGAAAACGGUACCGACCAAGGCAAAACCGAUUCGUUUAAGUCGAACCGCGGCGGGAGUGUUAAAGAGCAGGAAUGCGAGAACGGCCACUGCAAGGAGCACACUUUGAAAACCACGUCCAAAAAUCCACACUCCGACCACCAGGACGACUUUGAUGACAGCAGCUCGUCAGACGAGAAGCCCAAAAAAAGUUCCUCAUCGUCCAAAAACCGCCACGGCGACCGGAAGGACAGAAAGUCCAGCCGAAAAAGCAGCUCGGCCUCAAAAUUAUCCAGUCGAAAGUCAUGCGCCAGUUCCAAAUCCAUGGAGCUAUUUUCCUCUCGCCGCAAACGCAGAAGCACGGUCAACCGGAAGAAAGUGUCAGCCGCGCGAGAAAAGCGCUUUACGUUCGUCCUGGCUGUUGUCAUGGGGGUUUUUGUCGUGUGCUGGUUCCCCUUUUUCUUUACCUACAGCCUCUACGGAAUCUGCAGGGACCUCUGCAAGGUCCCGGACACUCUGUUCGAUUUCUUCUUCUGGAUCGGCUACUGUAACAGCUCGUUAAACCCGGUCAUCUACACUAUCUUCAACCAGGACUUCCGCAGAGCUUUCCAGAAGAUCCUCUGUAAGUCGUGGAAACGCUCUUUCUGAUUGUCUUUCAUAGCCACUUCAUCCUGCAGAUUUCCUAUUUGAGCACUUCAGAGUUGCAGAGAAAAGUGCUGGCCGGGGAGCGUUCACACCUUUGACUGCCGGGGAUUGCACUCAGAAUGAAGGGAUGCAUUAAAGGUCUGAACUAAAAGUGCAGGAAAGGGGUUUCGAAUGCUGUUUUGAUUCAGUGAAUGUCAGACAACUUUUUACAUGCAAAUGUUUGCUCCAGCUAAAACCCCCCGGCUGUGAUUGUCCCCUUUCUUUCUCUAAAGGACAAUAAGCCGGCUCAUAACACUCACUGUGAUGCAGGCACCAGGGUGAAAUGCUCAGGAGACGAAGGGUAUAUUGAAUUUAACGACAAUCUCCACACAGCUGUUAUAGGACAAUGGAUAGACCACCUAUCUUCCGUGGCUCAGACUCUACUUUUGUUUCCAAUGGGACAAAGGGGCUCCUUGCUUACUGGUUCAGUGGCAAAAGGGAAAGAAACAAACACUACUGAAUAAGUCAUAUUUCCGCCUGAGUGGGAUUUUUCUGGCUGCGUAUACAAUUUAAAUGGCAAGCUUACACGUGCGGACUGACUGGCAACAUAAAAAAAGUAAUCGUCAUACUGGACAUCUGUUGGGAUGGAACACUGCAUCCUUGCUGCGGCAGACGGACAAACUGAAUCUCCCACCGUGUGUGGGAAAAAUGUUUGCGUGGAGGAGAAAGAGGUGACUGAAAGUAACAUGUGGACCUGCGUUGUUGAAGUGUGUUAAUCUUCACUGCCACUCGGUGUGUGUGAUGUGUAGUAUAAUUCUACAUUUGCCAAUGGGGCUGGUUCACUCUGCUCAAGUGUCUUUCUUAUCCUCCAUUUGCCAUAAGACAAAUGUUGUCUUUUCCGCCACCAAAGUCAACCAGAUUGACGACCUCUUAGAUCUCAAUUCUCACUUUUAUCGCCUGCUGCUCCAGGCAGACACGCCAAUGCACAUUACACACUCUUAGACUUUACACCAGGGGUGUCAAACAUACGGCCCGAGAACAGGUUUUCGGGAUGAGUUUGCUAAGUAUAAAAAUGUACCUGAAAUUUUUGGAUGGAAGAAACUGCUGUUCUAAAUGUGUCCACUGGAUGUCGCAAUUGCAAUUAUUUGUAUCUUUGUAGAUGAUGCUACAUAUGUACAAAAUCAACCACAUGAUAUUAGUACAUCGGUCGAGGAAAAUGAUCAAACUACAUAAAUAACAUCCUGUAAUUUGAUUUCGAUAUAAUUUUUUAAUCUUGAUAGAUUGAAAAUUACCACCAAUGAGUGAUAACUGAUGAACAAUAUCACAUCAUUUAUUCAGAAAAUAUAAAUAACGACAAAUACAUUAUUAACCGCAACAUGUAAGUGUAAAAAAAACCAACAACGACAUUUGUACAUUUUCAUAAAUGUGCUUGUUCUAUUUUUAAACAAAUAUAACAAUCUGACGUUGUCUUUAUUUUUGAGUUAUCGUGCCGUGAUUUUACCAGUCCGGCCCACUUGGAAGUAGAAUUUUCUCCAUGUGGCCCCCGAUCUAAAAUGAGUUUGACACCCUUGCUCUACACAUUUACAAGAUCUUCAUCUUUACAUUUAUAGCCCUAGGUUAAUUGUUUCUCUUUUCUUGUAAAUACGUGGAAACAGUGCAAUAUUAUAGUGCGGUGCCUCAUUAUCACGCACAUGCACUGAUUGCGUAAUGAACAAUGCGCUCGUGGAUUUUGAUGGCGCACCGACAUUCUGUUCCUUUCUAACGAGAACAAGUGUUUACUCCUCUGCACAUUCAAAACGAUCAAAUAAAUUUGGUUUCAACUGUG